UUCGUAAUUUGGGGAUUAUAAUAAUAAUAAUAAUCGGCGAGAGUAAACAAAGGGAUCUCUGUCCAGCUGUCUCGCCGGAGACCCAAAUCGACCUUGAAUCUUCGGCGAUCCUGGUCAUCAAUUAUCCGAUCUCAUCCUAGCAAUGACAACUUCAAGGAGACUUGCUGACAGAAAGAUAGAGAAGUUUCAGAAGAAUAUUACCAAGCGUGGCGCUGUUCCUGAAACUAGCACCAAGAAGGGAAGUAACCUUCCAGUUGGCCCAGUCCUAAUUGGGUUUUUCAUUUUUGUCGUCAUCGGAUCAUCGCUGUUCCAGAUAAUAAGGACGGCAACAAGCGGAGGGAUGGCUUAAUAAAAACUAUGGUUUGUCCUAUAUCUUAUGUGCUACCUCUCUUUGUUCAUUUCAAAAAACACCCAAGAUGUGUAGUUGUAGACAUGAUGCAGAACAAUAAUUAUCUAAAUAAAAAAGGCUUCAUGCCUUGAUCUUCUACCAGCUA